AUGUCAGGAGAAACAAGCGGUCUUCGAGGAACAGCAAUGGAUCCACAUCUAAUUAAAACAAUCAACCGUUUACAAGAUGCAUUUUCGACUGUUGGAGUACAAAAUCCAGUAGAUCUUCCACAGAUUACAGUGAUUGGGUCUCAAUCGAGUGGAAAGUCAUCAGUACUUGAAAAUGUGGUUGGUCGGGACUUUCUUCCUCGUGGAACAGGAAUUGUGACACGUAGACCCUUGGUGUUGCAGUUAAUCCAUCGUCCUGCAACGAAAAAUCGUGAAAAUUCAACAGAAGAAAAGCCGCUGGAGCUAAAUGGCAAUGCCAAUCCGGAUGAAUGGGGAGAGUUCUUACAUCUUCCGGGACGCAAAUUUCAUGAUUUUAAUGAGAUACGAGAGGAAAUUAUCCGUGAAACAGAAUCAAAAACGGGUUCAAAAGGAAUUAGUCCGAUUCCUAUUAACCUUCGUAUAUACAGCCCUAAUGUAUUAACAUUAACAUUAGUGGACUUACCAGGAUUAACAAAAGUUCCUGUAGGUGAUCAACCAAAAGAUAUUGAAAAGCAGAUCAGAGAGAUGAUUUUAAAGUAUAUAAGUAAACCCAAUGCUAUUAUUCUUGCUGUUACAGCAGCAAAUACAGAUCUUGCAAAUUCAGAUGGAUUGAAAUUAGCACGAGAAGUAGACCCAGAAGGAACACGAAGUAUUGGUGUUUUGACAAAAAUUGAUCUUAUGGAUAAAGGGACAGAUGUUGUAGAUAUUCUUGCUGGAAGAGUUAUUCCUUUGCGGCUCGGAUAUGUUCCAGUAGUCAAUCGAGGACAGAGAGAUAUUGAUCAAAAAAAAGCUAUUUCUGCUGCUCUUGAGUAUGAGAGAGAGUAUUUCGAAAAUCACCCGUCCUACCGUUCUAAAGUCCAAUACUGUGGCACUCCAUUUCUUGCAAGGAAACUCAAUAUUAUUCUUAUGCAUCAUAUUCGUAAUACUUUACCUGAAAUUAAAGCAAAAAUAUCAUCUGCUCUAACAAAAUAUCAAUCAGAGCUUACACAAUUAGGCGAUUCUCUUCUUGGAAAUAGUGCAAAUAUUGUACUUAAUAUUAUUACUGAAUUUUGUAAUGAAUAUAGAACAAUACUUGAAGGAAAUAGUCAAGAUCUUUCAAGCCUUGAACUUUCAGGAGGUGCUAGAAUUAGUUUUGUAUUUCAUGAGCUUUAUGCAAAUGGUGUUAAAGCUAUUGACCCUUUUGAUCAGAUUAAGGAUACAGAUAUUAGGACUAUUUUAUACAAUUCAUCAGGCUCAUCCCCUGCUUUAUUUGUUGGAACAGCUGCUUUUGAAGUAAUUAUAAAACAACAAAUACGAAGGCUCGAAGAACCUAGUAUUAAGUGUAUUAAUCUUAUAUAUGAUGAAUUAGUACGUAUAUUGACACAGUUGCUGGGAAAACAACUGUUUAAACGAUAUCCUUUAUUAAGAGAAAGAUUUCAUCAAGUUGUUAUUAAUUUUUUUAAGAAAGCUAUGCAACCAACACACAAACUUGUACAAGAUUUAAUUUCAAUGGAAGCAUGUUAUAUAAAUACAGCACAUCCAGAUUUUCUUAAUGGUCACCGGGCUAUGGCUAUUGUAAACGAAAAAAUUAACCAAUCAAAACCCGUUCAACUUGAUCCUAAAACAGGAAAACCGUUACCAGUAACAGCAAAGGAUGCAUCAAGUUCUUCAUAUUUGGAUUCAGGAUCAGACAAUGGAGGUUUUUUUGGGAGCUUUUUUGCAUCUAAAAACAAAAAAAAAAUGGCAGCUAUGGAUGCGCCCCCACCCGUUUUAAAAGCAUCAGGAACAUUGUCUGAAAGAGAGACUAUUGAAACAGAAGUAAUAAAACUCCUUAUUAAUUCAUAUUUUAACAUCGUACGACGUACAAUGACUGAUAUGGUUCCAAAAGCUAUUAUGUACAAUUUAGUUAUGUAUUCGAAAGAAGGUAUGCAGAAAGAAUUACUCGAAAAUCUUUAUAAAACCGACGUUUUGGAUGAUAUUCUUAAGGAAAGUGAAUAUACUAUUCAAAGAAGAAAAGAAUGUGUACGUAUGGUAGAAAGUUUAACUCAAGCCAGCGAGAUUGUCGCUUCUGUAUAA